AUGGACUCUUCCCUCUUUGUCUACCACAGCGGGACCGACAUCACCUACCUCCUGCUGUACGUCGACGACAUCAUCCUAACAGCAUCAAGCACGACCCUGCUCCAGCGGAUCAUCACUGCCCUUCGCAAUGAAUUCAUGACGACUGACUUGGGUGACCUCCACUAUUUCCUCAGCAUCUUUGCGCAUCGGGACUCCCGCGUCAUUUUUCUCUCUCAAGAAAAAUAUGCCGCAAAAAUUCUUCAGCGAGCCAACAUGUCUACAUGCAACUUGCGCGCCACACCGAUUGAAGCACGCCCCAAGCUGGCUGCUGCCGCUGGCACCCCGGUAUCCAACCCGACACUAUACCGCAGCCUUGUAGGAGCUCUCCAGUACCUCACCUUCACCCGUCCUGACAUUACGCAUGUUGUUCUGCAGGUCUGUCUGCACAUGCAUGAUCCGCGGGAACAACACUUCCUAUUGAUCAAGCGCAUCUUGAGGUACAUCAAGGGAACAAUCAACCACAGUCUGCAACUCUCUUGUAGCUCCUCCCACGAUCUCGUUGUCUACUCCGACGCCGACUGGGCGGGCUGCCCUGACACUCGCAAGUCUACUUCGGGCUAUUGCGUCUUCCUCGACGACAACCUGAUCUCUUGGUCUUCCAAGCACCAGCACACCGUCUCCAGGUCUAGUGCUGAGGCCGAAUAUCGAGCUGUCGCUAACGCCAUCGCCGAAGCUUGCUGGCUACACCAACUCCUUGUCGAGAUCCUUCGCCCAUUGACCAAGGCCACCAUCGUCUACUGUGACAACAUCAGCGCCGUAUAUCUCUCCACAAACCCAGUCCAGCAUCAACGGACUAAACAUGUGGAGAUCGACCUACACUUCAUGCGCGAACGAGUGGCCCACAGUGACGUCCGCGUUCUACAUGUCCCAACAACCCUUCAGUACUCGGAUAUCUUCAUCAAGGGUUUGCCUACCGUGGUGUUCCAGGACUUCCGCUCCAGUCUCAACAUCCGCGAGGCUCCAAGUUGA